AUGUUGAAAGAAGUUAAAGCUAUACUUAUAAUGCUGGUGGUCCAGUUUAUUUUCGCAGGAAUGUACAUUUUGUUUAAGCUAACGGUCGAUGAUGGUACAAAUCUCAAAGUCGUUGUGGCUUAUCGUCUCUCCUUCGCCACUAUUUCCAUGCUUCCACUCGCCCUCAUCUUCCAAAGGGAUAAGCGGCCAGAAUUUACAUGGAGACUGCUCUUUCUAGCAUUUCUUUCGGGGAUGCUCGGAGCGGCGAUACCAAAUCUUCUCUAUUUGCCGGGUCUAGCUCUUACAUCAGCUACAUUUUCGACCGCGGCCAGUAUCCUGGGUCCGUUGAUCACCUUGGUAUUGUCAGUGGCUUUUAGGAUAGAGACUCUACGGCUGGGAACGAAGGAAGGGAGGGCUAAGCUUGUGGGGACGUUACUUGGUGCUGGUGGGGCUCUCGUAUUUGUAUUCUAUAAAGGUGUUGAGAUUCAUAUCUGGUCAACACACGUUGACUUACUUAAAAACUCGAACGCUGGUCAAUCUUCUGGCCAAGCCACUGAGAAUCACCACAUCUCAAUUCCAGGAGUUCUUAUGGUUUUUGGAUGUAACGUUUCCUUCUCACUUUGGUUAAUAUUGCAGGCAAGCGAUCAACUUGGAGGAAGUUAUUGGAACGUAAGUCUGAUGAAUGGGAUGGGAAGCUUGGUGUGCAUGAUUGUUGCUCUCUGUUCAGAGCGUAACUGGAAGCAAUGGCGAUUAGGAUGGAACAUUAGCCUUCUUGCUACGGUUUAUUCGGGAGUCGUGGUUUCAGGAAUGGUCAUACCUGUUAUUGCGUGGUGCGUUAAAACAAAAGGACCGCUAUAUGUUACAAUGUUUGCCCCUAUAAGGCUUGUGAUCGUAGCCCUCGCCGGAUCAUUUGCUUUAGAGGAAACGCUUCAUUUGGGAAGUAUAAUUGGUGCAAUGAUAAUGGUGGGAGGUGACGUGGCGCGUUCUGAUACGUCAUCGAAUAAGGGGAAGUUGAUACGUUUCGGACCGUCUCUCUCCUCUCUUUCUCGAUCUUCCGAAGACAAAACCAGAUUGAGGACGACGAAGAGACUCUCCGCUGAUUUCUCUUGCAGAGCUUAUGGCUCUGCUGGGUUUCUAUUAGUCGCUGCUUAUUUCGUCAUUAUGAUUUUCCAAUGUCACAGGGAACAGCGGCAACAAAGGUUAAAAUGUCCGAGAAGGAAGCACAAGGCGUGGCUGAGAAGAAAAAAAGGUAGAAGAGGACCAUGCAGUGUGAUUGGUUCAAGUGCUCCUGGUUGUGUUAUAUCAAGUGGGAGGGGAUCAGCUUUUUCUCAGCUUUUUCGCCUUGUUUUCGUUUCCAGUUUCUGCACUAAAGUGUCUGACACCGUCUCCAGCAAGAUUGGGAAAGCUUUUUGAAAAACUACGUAUUUAGCCAUUACAUUUAAGAUAGUACCAAGAGGAACCGAGGGAGCUAUGAGUGUUGAAGGAACAUUGGCUGGGCUUUUAGCAUCAUUUUUUUUUUGUCUCUGUUGGCUGUUUCCUUGGUCAGAUAACUCCUCCAGAAGCAGCUGUAUGUGUACUAGCUUCCUAGAUUGCUAACCUUGGAGAAAGCAUAAUAGGUGUAUCUUUUCAAGACAAAGAAGGAUUCAAAUGGGUAUGCUCAGGAAAUUUAAUUUUGUUCUUCUUCAAUAGCUCUCGCUCUGUGUAGUUAUUUCAACGAAAGAUAAUGAUAAUAAAGAUAUAGAUUGAUAGAUAACUGGUGCAAGUGGAUAAACAGUUUCCAAUUCACAAGACUUUUUGAGUUCUCGUUUUGUGAAGCGAUUUGUUGCAAUUAGUUCACGUGUUGUUGGCUGUAAUUUGGUUUAUUGUGGUUUCUAUCUUUUUUUUUGUAGCUAAACAAAAAAAUAAUUUACUAAGAAACAUCUAAAAAU